AUGUCAAACACGUCUUCACCAUCGGAAGUACAUUGGGGGUGUCAGCCUACUGGAGCUUCAGACAACACUGUCACAUGUUUACGUAAACAAAACAUGUGCGCUUCUUUGUGGUACAAGCAGGGGAAGGUAAAUUAUUUUUAUUUUGUUUUCUUUUUUGUUUUUAGGAUUUUGAGUUUUGCUAUGGAUAAUAUCGGUUAGAACGCGACAAGGGCAAUAUGGGAGAUUGAAUACGCCGGUUGGUCUGAAAUUUGGCAUAGAGUAAAAACCUUGUAUUUUGGAUUAAAUUUUAAAAAAUCAAAGUUUUUUAACGACUCCAGCGAAAGUUAUGUCGAUAUUGAGUUAUGUUACACUUGAGAAUUUAAAGAAAAAGAUUGGGGUUACCGUUUGAUCUGAUUUUUUGCGUAAAGCUGAAAGAUGCUGUUCUAAACGAUAUUUCAAAGAAUUGGAGGUUUUGAAUUAGGUUGGCAUAAAAUAUUACAAUAUUAAGUUAUAUUACACUUGAGAUUUCGUUGAAAAUGGUGAAGUUUCCCGAUUUUUUUGGAAUUUUUUUGUCGAAAAUUAUCAUGGUAUUAUUAAUAAUACUUUUUUAAAUCUCAGGUUUUAAAUAAGUUUGGCAAAAGUUAUGGGGAUAUUAAAUUAGAUUACACUUGAGAUUUUGGUGAAAAAUUGCCUUUUGGUUUAAGACUUUGUGCAAACUUUCUCAAACGUAUGUUAAUGUAUUUGAAAUUUUGACUUUUUUAAAUUUCUAACCUUUUCUCUUCAGCAAGCCAAGCCUUUGCCAUCCCACUUGCCUCAAGCGCGACAUGCCGGAGAGUGGCGUUCAUCAGAUUCAGAAGAGAAAGGAUCAUAUUGGAAAAGAAUCGCUCAACCCCGCCCUAACCCGGGCUUUGGAAUUGGUGCUUUUAUUGCCCCACCAAGUCCACAUGGUCUACCUAAAGUGGUGAGAACCAAGAUCCAGACAGCUUGGAUGCCAGUAAAUGGGUUGAGCCAUGAAAUGUCAUUGGAAGUUCUGUGAGUUUGUGUUUUGAGGAUUUGUUACCUAAAAUUAAAGGUUUUUGAAAAUUGCUUUUAUCAAUCUGAAAGGCCAAGAAAUUUUUUAAUAUAUGAAUUUUUUGACAUUUUAAAUCUAAAACACCCAUGGAUAUUUUAGUGACUCAGACGUAGAUGACCAUAAACCUUACAUUUUACGUUACGACGACCCACCGUGCACAUUGCCAUGCCUUCAUCACAUUCUUCAAGAGCUACCGAAAGGCCGCUUCGGGAUCUGUCCGGUGCACGAGCGCCUGAUUCCCCAUCCCUUGCCACCACCCGCUAUAGGCUUAUCGAAGCCUAAUGCUGAAAUCAAAUGCAAGCCGUUGAACGCCAUUUCCUCCAUCUUCUUUCACGUUCAGAGGUUUGAGGACCAGAAGUGAGUUGAUGUUGGUUUAGAUUUGAGUUAGCUAACUUUUAGAGCUCUAGAACAGCUGGAGAAGGUAAUCAAAGCGUUGGAAAAGAAGAUUAUCAAACAUAUUGUUCACUAUGUAAGUCUUUUUUAAGUUUUUACGUUGUUUUUGCUUUAGAAAUGAAGAUUUUUAAUUAAAAGUUUUUGAAAUUUUAGCCAGUUCAAGGUGGCCACGCCGUCUGUCGCUACCAGAAAGCCCUUCAUCGUUGUCGCAUCAAUACGAUUGGAAUGGAAGUGAUUCAAGUCGAUCUGAUCGAUCAAGGCACUUCUGCCAUCAUCAAACACGACGAGUUGUUCACUAUGCCAACUGAUGUUGCUAUGGUCUGUCCGGCACUGUCUUUCAGGUGCUCUUUGAUGGGUAGGGCUUGGAGAUUUUAGAUAUUGUGAAUAGGGGGGGGGGUUUUGAUUUUUUAGUUUUUGUUUUUAAGGGGGUAUUUGAUAAGGGAUGGGUAGAACAGGUCAAUAUAUUUUGUUGUUUACUUAAUUCUGCGCCCCUUCUCAAACCAAUUUGUGGAGUACGGGGGCGCAGAAUUAUGUGAACAACUAAUAUGAUCUAUAUAGAGGAUGGUGUCUUUUCAACGAGUAGGACAUGAUAAGGGCAGACUUUCUUUAGUUUCUUUGAUAAUAUUGAUGGUUUUGGAAGAACGAUGAAGGGUGUUUUAUAUGAUUUCAGAAAUUAUUUUGGUUUUUUAGCUAAAUUUGGAAAAAGGCUUAUAAACUUCUGUUUUUUUAUCAUCUUGUAAGAGCCAAAAACAUAAAAAAAAAUUUUUUUAAACAUUUUUACUUGAAAACUGUUUUUCAUUAUGUUAAUGGUUAAAAUUUGAUUUUUCUAGGAUUUUUUUUUUAAAAAUUUGUGUCAUUUUUACACCCAGAAGCACCCUUUUCAACCUUAUUUUACCCCUUUGAACCCACUAAUCAGCCCCAAAAGGAAAGGGUUAGAAAAGGAAAGAGAGGGAGUCGUGUACGCCCAUAGCCCGUUGAACGCACGCCAUCCCGUCCGAUCUGGCAAGUUAAGCAACGGUGCGCUUGAUUAGUACUUGGAUCGGAGACGUCCUUGGAAUCUCAAGUGGCGUACGCAUUUUUUGCGUUUUAUGGUACUUUUUGGUACUAUUUUUGAGUUUGGGAGUGGGAGGUAAUUUUAUACAGUUUUAAAGUUUAUUUUUGGUAAUAGUCUAAUUUUUGAGUAAAAUACGGAAUUUCGAAUGGUUGUUUUUAAAUUUAAGUUAUUUUUCGUUUUUACUUUAUUGUGGUUUUAGAACAAGAUACACGUUUGUUGGAUUUUAAAUCGACUUCAUCGUUCCAUGACUUGAUUAUGAAGAGGAGUUAUAUUGUUUUGGAAGGUGGGUUGUUUUUGAAGAUUUAAUUUUUGAUUUUUUUUUAAUUUCAAAAUUGAUUUUUUAGUCCACGGUGACGUGACAUCAGACGGCAAACACCUGGUCCGCCUCAUCGAUCCACCUCCACCAGAAAAGCCCAAAGACCCAUUUGUGGGCCGAGGAACUCACAAUCGUAAACCCAAGUUCCGCCUCCAGGACAUGAAGAAGAUGGAGACGGCCGAAGACGAGAACAAGACUGAAGACGAACACAUGGACACGGUUCUCCAAGGAUUCAGGAAUUCUGACGAUGAAGACGACGACUUUGACUACAACCAGUUUGACUAUAACAGCAAAACACAGGAGAACUUGUUCUUUUGA